CAAGACACCAAACCCAUGUUUGGGAUGCAGCAGCCAUCUUCUCCCAUGCCUCCUGUUCAUCCUGACGUUCAGCUAAAGAACUUGCCCUUUUAUGACGUCCUUGAUGUUCUCAUCAAGCCCACAAGUUUAGUCCAAAGCAGUAGCCAAUGGCUUCAAGAGAGGUUUUUUAUUUUUGCUUUGACACCUCAACAAGUUAGAGAGAUAAGCAUCUCAAAGGACUUUUUGUCAGGUGGCAGGAGAGAGUACACAGUCCAAGUUCAACUGCGACUUUGCCUGGCAGAGACCAGCUGCCCUCAAGAAGAUAACUAUCCCAAUAGUUUGUGUAUAAGAGUAAAUGGGAAAUUCUUCCCUUUGCCUGGCUAUGCACCACCACCUAAAAAUGGGAUUGAACAGAAGCGCCCUGGACGCCCCUUGGAUAUUACAUCUUUAGUUAGGCUGUCUUCAGCUGAGCCAAAUCAGAUUUCUAUUUCUUGGGCAUCUGAAAUUGGAAAGAAUUACUCCAUGUCUGUGUAUCUUGUACGACAGCUCACAUCAGCCCUGUUACUACAGAGAUUAAAAAUGAAAGGUAUUAGAAAUUCUGACCAUUCCAGAGCGCUAAUUAAAGAAAAACUUACUGCAGAUCCUGACAGUGAAAUUGCUACAACUAGUCUUCGAGUGUCCUUGAUGUGCCCUUUAGGAAAAAUGAGGCUGACGGUCCCGUGCCGCGCUGUGACGUGUACACAUCUGCAGUGUUUUGAUGCUGCGCUUUAUCUUCAAAUGAAUGAGAAGAAGCCUACCUGGAUUUGUCCUGUCUGUGACAAAAAGGCUGCCUAUGAAAGUCUGGUAUUAGAUGGGCUUUUCAUGCAAAUUCUCAAUGACUGCUCUGAUGUGGAUGAGAUCAAAUUCCAAGAAGAUGGUUCUUGGUGUCCCAUGAGACCUAUGAAAGAAGCUGUGAAAGUAGCCAGCCAGCCCUGUUCAACAAUGGAAAGUUCAGGUGUCUUUAGUAAACCUUGUUCAGUGACUGUAGCCAGUGAUGCAAGCAAGAAGAUAGAUGUUAUUGAUCUAACGACUCAGAGCUCUUCUGACGAAGAUGAAGACCCUCCUGCCAAAAGGAAACGCAUCUUUAUGUCUAAAACACACAGCAGUCCAACCAAAGGGGUUCUGGUGUGUCAGUCAUCUUCUGUAAGGGUGCCCAGCAUGACUCUGGUCCAUCCUGCUGCUAUUCCACCUUCAUUAACAGACUACUCAGUACCAUUCCACCACGCGUCAGUGCCAAGCGUGUCAUCAUAUUUGCCAGGUUUGGAGUUUCUUUCCCUUAUUCCAGUUGAUACCCAGCAGUACUGUCCUCCUAUGUUUUUAGAUAGUCUCACUUCAUCCUUAACAGCAAACAGUAUGUCUGCCACCACCACCAAUACCCGUGAAAGCAGUACUAAAGUUAGUUCAUCCAGCAGCAGGAGUGAGGCAGCGCUCAUAACCAGCAGUGGGAGUAACAUUCCUGACAUCAUCUCUUUGGACUAA